AUGCCAAAGGACAACGACGUCCCACAGCCGGGUCCCGCGCGCCUGGCAAAGGGGGCCGGCCCUGAUGAAUGGCUAGAGCAGGCCAAACAGUGCAAGUACCUGCCAGAGGCCGACAUGAAGCGGCUGUGUGAGAUUGUAAAGGAGUGUCUCAUGGAAGAAUCAAACAUCCAGCCUGUACGAACACCCGUUACAGUAUGCGGUGACAUUCAUGGCCAAUUUUACGACCUUCUCGAGCUCUUCCGCGUUGCUGGAGGCAUGCCUAAUGACGCGCCUGCCGCUCCCCUCGCGCCGCCAGUCACAUUACCAGCCACAAUCAAUCCCGCUGACCUCGAGCCGCCUACAAUUGGCGGCAACGGCCAGCAAAACUUCAUCUUCCUCGGUGACUUUGUAGACCGAGGUUACUUCAGCUUAGAAACCUUCACUCUUCUCAUGUGUCUCAAGGCCAAAUUCCCAGAUCGCGUCACACUUGUUCGUGGAAACCACGAGUCGAGACAAAUAACCCAAGUAUACGGCUUCUACGAAGAGUGCCAAACAAAAUACGGGAAUGCUUCAGUAUGGAAGGCAUGCUGUCAAGUCUUCGAUUUCCUUGCACUCGCUGCCAUUGUGGAUGGCAAAGUGCUUUGUGUGCACGGCGGAUUGAGCCCGGAGAUCCGGACAUUAGACCAGAUCCGUGUCGUUGCGCGAGCGCAGGAGAUUCCACACGAGGGAGCCUUUUGCGAUCUUGUAUGGAGCGACCCCGAAGACGUAGAUACAUGGGCAGUAUCGCCCCGAGGUGCUGGAUGGUUGUUCGGAGACAAGGUGUCAUCGGAGUUCAACCACGUAAACGGCCUGCAGCUCAUCGCACGAGCGCAUCAGCUGGUCAAUGAAGGCUACAAGUACCAUUUCAAAGACAAGGACGUCGUGACGGUUUGGUCCGCCCCAAACUAUUGUUACCGCUGCGGCAACGUUGCAUCCAUUAUGAAUCUAGGCGAGGAUCUCAAGCCAGAAUUCCAAAUCUUCUCCGCCGUUCCCGACCACAAGCGCGCCGUCCCCGCAGGUCGUGGAGGCCGAGGAGAAUAUUUCCUGUAA